CACUGACGCAUUCCGUUUGGAACAAUAAAUAGAGCGAACAAGGCUCAUUCCAGUUCACAAGUCUGCGAAGACGCAUGAAGAAGUUCUUGCUUCAACAGUGAUUGAACGGAACUCAUCUGCCUUCGUCCCGCAUCAUAGAACAUUCCUGGUUGUUGACAUAGUACUUACUUGAACUGUAAUAGCAAAAUAGUCGAAUAAACUCUAUUUUUGUACCGUUCAUUUGGAUAUUAAAGAAAAUCUGCCAAAAUGGAGUCUCAGAUCCGCCAGAACUAUCACCACGAUUGCGAAGCUGCUAUCAACCGAAUGAUCAACUUGGAGAUGUUUGCCUCCUACACCUACACUUCAAUGGGUUUCUAUUUCUCCCGUGACGAUGUGGCUCUGCCUGGUUUCGCGCAUUUCUUCAAGGAGAACAGCGACGAGGAGCGGGAGCACGCCGACAAGCUACUCUCCUUCCAGAACAAGCGAGGUGGACGCAUUUUACUCCAGAACAUCAAGAAGCCAGAACGUGAUGAGUGGGGCAAUGGGCUGGAGGCAAUGCAGUGUGCUCUGCAGCUGGAGAAGAAUGUGAACCAGGCCCUGCUGGACCUGCACAAGAUUGCCUCUGACAAGGUUGACCCCCAUGUAAGUUAUGGUGGAACCACACAUCACAUGUAUGUAUCACAUAGAAUACAGGUACUGUCCCAGGAGAUGAUCAG